GGGUUAUUAGUUGCGCGACAACAUUGAACGCAGUAAGACGCUUAUCGUCGCUCGCUUCGCACCCAAACUAGUGUGCUUCUCCACCUGCUACGACGACGGCAGUUGGCGAAGACCCGAGAGGAUCGGAGAUUUUCCCCCCUUUCGCGCGGGUUUGAGCGCCGCGUGUGUGUUAUCAGCGCUCGGGGAGAUUGGGAAGGAUUUUCCGGAACAGGUUAUUCAGUUUCGUCUUUACAGCCGGUUUGGACGGUGCAAUCUCGGUGCAGUCAACAAGCUUGGCCACCCGAACCGGUCGCAUUGAAGCGCAAAUCCUUUACGGAAUUGACCGUGGAUGAUGAUCUGUUUUCGGAACUUUGUGAAAGACGUAAAAGCAGUGUUGUGUUAAUCCUUAAAAACGAACGGAAUCAGAAACGCGAGUAAUAGCGGCGGCUUAAGUUAAGCCGGCAAUAUAACAAAAAAACACACCGGUCGCAGUCGCUACCACUUUGAGAGGGGCUUCCAUGGGAGACCGUUGCGCUGAUCUUGAAGAAGCGAACUUACUACCGCGAAUGCUCCAAGCCCUCCCAGUAGAGGGGCAGGCAGUAAGCACGAAAACAAGCAAUCUUCACGUGUGUUUGGGGCGAAACCAUUUGCUGGGGAGCGGACGUGGACGGAACAAAACAUGAUAAAUUUGUUUUUGUGUUAAUUUUUAAUCUGAUUAAAGAGAGGGUUAAUUAAUGCAUUUAACAUUAAAUCGCGAGAAGCGUAAGGACAGUCAUGUGAGCUCAGCAUCCAAGCUGUAGAGAGUUUUAGUGUGGAAGAAAUGAUCCGUGUAGUUGUUUUUUGCAAAUACCUGAAUUCAUGGUAAUUUUUAUUUCGGUUAACUCAGUGAGUGCUGUAAAGAUUUAACUACUGUGAGGUGACACUUUGAAGGUGAAGAAAAUUGCUAAGUUAUCAAUUAGAGCAGAUAAUGAAAGCCAAGCUUAUCAAGAAAACAGUGCAGAAGGACAAUUGAAUUUUCCAAGCCACUGGUGCACGUUUGUUGGCAUGGAUUUUCAGAGUGCAAUGGAAACCUUCGCCGAAGCAUGGGUCGCAGCGAGCGCUGGAGCACAGCAACAAGCCCUAGCACUGACACGUCCUAAAUCACCGAAGAAGGAAUCCUCCGUGCCGGUAUCCCCAUCAAACGGCCGAGAGCUGGAAAUGUCCAGCCCAAAAGUGCACCUAUCGUCAUCCUCGUCGUCAAACAUUUCGGAUCAUCCGAACGCAGCCGCCGCUCUCAUCGCCAGCGAUAAUCUGAACUUGUCGUCUAUUUCGGCCACCAACGGUGGAUCCACCUCGAACAGGAGCAGCACCCCACAGCAGCAGCCACAGCAACAACAGCUGCCCCACCCGCAGCACCACCAGCAGCAACAACACCACCACCAUCACCAGCACCACCCGGCGAUCAGUGUUUCCCAAUCGCUGAUGGGAUCGAACGCCACCCGCUCGCUGACGCCGCGAAUCAGCGUCAGCACUUCCCUUGCGGAGAAUGGCUCCGCCGGGGCGGUUUCCAGCCACAAUAACAGCAAUAGUAACAUCCCGAACAGCGCCACCCUCAGCAGUAGUGCCGUGUCGUCCGGAAUCCAACCGCCACCGAAUCCUAGCAACGGAGCCACUGCGGACCGAGGGAUGAUUCCGCAGUCGCCGGUGGCAGCCGUUGCAGCCGCAGCCGCCGCCAUGCAAGAUCGGAAGGAUUUCGAUUUCAGCAAAGUAAACGCUAAAUCCUUGCCACUUCACUGCGUGGUUGAGUCAGUCAGCUCCCUGCAAGCAACACUGAACUUUGACGCUCGAAGUCCCUGGAAACGGCGACCCAACAUCGAAACCGACAGCUACGUCAUCAUCCCGGCUGCAACGCCAUUCUGCGAUAUUGUCACUACCGCCCUACAACGGCUCGGCUAUUCCUCGGAGAUUUCCAACGCAGCCAGAGGUUCCAUCUCCAUCAAGAACUGGAAGGCGCUCUCGUUGGAUGCCAUCUCCGAUAAUCCGUUGGUCUCGGUGAACGACGUCCUCGGGGAGCUGACCUCGGUAGUCACGCUGAAGAUCACCAUCCUGCGGAACAAACCCACCCAGCUGGCGGAGAUCAAGGAUAAGCUGCUCAAGUUGCUGAUUCUGCAGUCGCAUGCCGUACUGCGGUCGACCGGAUGCCCGCUGGAUGAGAUCACUCUCUCGCAAAUCUGUCGCAGUCCGCUACAAAACACAUUCCCCUUCACGCCGGAAAUCACAGAUGAGGUCCGCCGGAAGUUUGACCAGUGGUGGAGCAAUCAGUUAGCGCCGCAACCCAAUCCCAUUGCCCACAAAAUUCUCCCUUUUGCAAAUGCGCAGCCCAACGAGUUGGAUUUUUCCAACUUCAAUAUGCACGACAGUAGACCCGAAUCGUUGAUCGAUAGGGCUGCCAAUCCGCACCACAAUCUGGUGGUUCAUCCUGCUCUGCAGACGGUGCACUCGCAGUACCCAAACCAGAAAACCCGCAUGCGGACUAGUUUCGAUCCCGAAAUGGAGCUACCCAAGCUGCAACGGUGGUUCCAGGAGAAUCCUCAUCCCUCCCGUCAGCAAAUUCAAUCGUAUGUCGUCCAACUAAAUUCGUUGGAAUCCCGGAGGGGGCGCAAACCUUUGGAUGUCAAUAACGUAGUUUACUGGUUCAAAAAUGCCAGAGCAGCACAAAAGCGAGCAGAAAUGCGCCAAGGUAUGACCAACGGGUACGGCAACCCCAACAUGAUGCUCUCCCAGCCAGACUACAUGAAAAGCUCUCCUAGCGCCCCAUCCGAAGACAUCGACAAUCUCUCCCAGGACGAAAUGGACGACGAUCUGGAUCGGCCAAUGUCCCCGCAACUCCCUCUAUCGCUCACCAUCCAUGAGCGUAAUCGAGCUUUGACCCCAACCGAAUCAACGCCCAUCAAGCAGGAAAACAUUCCCGUAUGCUCUAGUCCCCCGCCGUCCCCUUCCCACACCGGCAACCUCAACUCCAGCAACAACAACGUCAACGAAUCGGCCAACGACUCCGCCAGCCAGAACGAGGCUCCCAAAUCGAACUACUCCAACGAACGCUCCAGCUCGCCGCAGCGGUCCCGGUCGCCCGCUUCCGAAGAUCUGGACAUGGACGAACCGGAGGGCUCCACCAUCGACGACUACCGUUCGCCGUCGCCGGACUCCAAGCGGAACCUCCCGUUCCCGAUCAACAAUCCGAUGUUCUCGCACUCGAUCAUGUACAUGAGCCACUACAUUCCGGCGAUGCAGGCCAACGCCGCCGGGAUGCACCUGAAAAGUGAGCUCAGCCCGAACAACCACGGUGGCCUGGGGCAGGGCGGACUGAAUUUGUCGUUCAACAGCGACGAACGGCGGAAGCGCAAUCGGACGUUCAUCGAUCCGGUCACCGAGGUUCCGAAGCUAGAGCAGUGGUUCUCGUUGAACACCCACCCGUCGCAUAAUUUGAUUCUGAAGUAUACGGAGGACUUGAACCGGAUGCCGUAUCGCCAAAAGUUCCCCCGCCUGGAGAGCAAAAACGUCCAGUUCUGGUUCAAAAACCGCCGUGCCAAGUGCAAACGCCUGAAAAUGUCGCUGUACGACCCGGCCCAACUGGCCAGCCUCGGUGAACAGGCCCAUUUGGCCAACUUACACGACAGUGCCCACCUGGCCCAACUGCACGAGGCUUCCCAACUGCAUCAAUUCCAUCACGGAGCAGAUCGGGAGUAGAAUCCGGUGGGCUUUCAAUCGCCACUGGUCGGUCCAUCGGUAGCACAGCUUCCUUUCAAUGAAAAUUUUGAACCAAGUGAUAUACAUAACUAACUACUAUCGAUCAACGUUCCAAGCUACUGUACGAAUAAGAGCGAGAAUCGCAAAUGAGUAGUUUUCGGCAUUCUUUUAUUUGAAUAAAAAUCACGCGCAGUGGGUAACAAUUGAAUAAAUGUGGUACACACCCCAGAACAAAAUUUUGUCAUCGCGAUUCAUCGUACUGAGGUGGUAACCCACAUUCAGACCAUGCUGACCACGUUCUUAUUCGUUCAAAAGCUCCAACUUGUGGAUCAUGUUUAGGGUUUUCAAACCCACCCAAAUAAUGGUAUAUUUCUCUCAAAAACGCAAUCGCAGUAGAAAUUUUCGCUCAAUAGCUGUAAGUAGAAUUCUAAAUGAUUCGAUAAAUCAAAGUCCUAGAUAAACGAAGACAGAACAUAAAUUAAUACCAAAGAACGAAGGAUUUCACCCUGUUUUUCCAACUUAGAAAUGUAGCAGGAAAAAAAUGAUUUUAUCAUAAUGCUCCACUUGAACGGCAAUUAAAAGGAUUCUCCCACGCUGUAGGCACCCCUAGCAAGAUAUAGUUGCAAAAUAAUUAUUAGAUUUUAGUCACAUAAAUUCAAUGCCACGGAUGGGAAGUAAGCCUCAGAGUAGCGCCGAAUCCGCUCAUUGUACAAUGUACAUACGUAAUACCUAUUAAAAUAAUUUCGCAAAGCGCUUACAGAGAGGACUGCAUCUUCCCGCUGUCAUCCUUCUGCACGGGAAGACACGCUUUGGAUAGCAACACCCCUCCCCAGUAAAUUCCAACCCGUACCCAGGACCCGGUGGAAUGAGGAUGCGAACAAUUUGUGCGUUAUCAUCGGUGAAAUGGAAUUACGCUCCUAAUUAUAUAAUUAAAUAAAUGGAAUGAAAAAUGAGUUUUUAACUCCCGAAAGCAUAUCAAAGAGCGUGUAUCGAAGCUGAUUGACAGCUUUAUCAGGGAAGUGUUCCUUACCUCCUUCCACCGACGCGUCCGGUCCUGAAUGAAAGUUCCUCGUUCGUUCGAUUCCUCACGUCUAUGUCACUCCAUGUCCGAAUACAUUGUACAUAUCGCCCAAUAAAACGCCAACAAAGAAACGCCCCACCCAUCGUCAUCAUGAUCGGCAACCAGUUGCAUCGCUCAAAUCGGUGAGCCCACCCAUUGAAACAUGAAAUUUUUGAUUAUUUAUUAAUUUAUAGCGGAAAAUAACCCGGGACGGACAUGGCGGCGAACACGUUUAUUCCGCACAGAGUAUUGAGCUCCCACCCUUCAUCCGAUUGCACUCAAUUGCAGCGCGUUCCCAAGCUAUUAAAUAAUAGUUACGUUUGGUACAAAUUUUGCUCCUUAAUUUUAUGAUUUUCCCGUGCAUCGAAGCUUUUCUCGCAUCGUGACCAUUAGACUGGUUAAUAUUUGAUCGAAGUUGAAAUUCUACCAAUUUAUUGUGAGAAUAUAUUUUUGUUUUAUUGUUACAAAUAUUGUUCGCUUUUCAAACACUUUAUAGCUGUCACAUGAAGUGAAGUUAUUCGAGCCUAUUUUUGGUAUUUUUCAUGAUAAUCGUUUUGAACAUUUGAAACAGCUCUACACUGGUCUGAUAUUCCAUUCUCGAUUGUAAAUCGAAGGCUUUCACAUGCGUUGAAAUCACAUUCCAUACACUGUGACGUUGCUAAAGCUCUGUGACUUACACCGAACCGAUCGGCAACUCAACCAACCAGCAGCGCUCAAAAUGCGUAAGCUUAUAUCACGUCAACAAACGGUUUUUUGUCCCAACCUACUCCAUUGGGUGGGAAGUAGUCAGAGAUCCCACAUUAUAAAACUUUCCACACCAACUCGGAAUCAAAAAUGUGUUCGCCGCUCUAUUUCCCGGCAUAUCAGCUUUUUCCGGUAAUCUGAUUGCUGCGCCGGGUCUGCAGGCUCUCGUUGUGCCACAGUCUCAUUAUCGCCACCGAAAUUAAUAAGCCGCAUUAUUCGGAAUAGGUUAUUAAGCAUUCUAUUUAUUUUUUAUAUCUCUAUUGUGAACUGUUUUAAAUUCCCAAUUCAUAAUUUCGCUAUCUGUUUAUUUGUUGAAUGCGUUGGUCUGCGCUGACGAAUAUUUUGCGUCGAAAAUCAUUAUCGGUAUAUAAUACCUAAGUUACUGUUGUGUAUUUGCAUUUUUAUUUCCAUGUUGGUGCGCAUUGAUAAUCUGCAACUGCGGUAGUGAACACUUUGUACAUAUGCUAGGAUUAGAUCUUUUAAUAUUAGUAGAAGCAAACGAUGUUUUCAAAACUAAGAACAACAAACAUGGAUAUCAAAACUAGAUCAUAAGAUUUUAAAUUAAUCCUUUCCGUAGGUAUUACUGAACAUCUUAUAGCAAGAGAAGAAGAAGUCAGUUAGUAAAGACAAGAUAGGAACAAAAAUCCCAGUUUAGCCUAAUAAACACUAGUAAUGACGAAAAUGUGAUGAUCUAUGCUGAUCAACUAAUCACGCUAAAUCGUAUUGUAAUUAUACUAUUCCAAUAAAAGUUUCACAAUUAUAUGAGCAAUCAAAA